AUAAUGUCAUAAUAUAAAAUGGCCGCCAGCGGCAUUGGCAAUAUUGGCAUUUUGUGCGAUGUGUGCGCUUUCUUUCUGUGAUUCGUGUCACACCACAAAUUAAUUUUAUCUUAUCUUCAUAACUUUAUUUUAUAAAUAACUAUCAUUACUGAAAUCAGAACAGUUAAUACAAAUUAGUUUAGUUCCGCAAGUGCAAAAAUGGAAUCUACGAAGGAUGACAGUAAGCGAAAGAGAGACAAAACUGUAGAAGAUUCACAACAUCGUGAUAGAGAUAGGAGAUACAAGAGGGCCCGUACUAAAUCACGUUCUCCAGUUAGAAUCUCUGGUGACUCUAGACGUAAACGGAAACAAUCAAGAUCGCCUGAGAGAGUUGUUAAACAAGAAAGAGGGACUGAACCACCCAAAGGAAUGGAACCGAAGAAAGAUGUUCCCGAGAGAAAACCCAAAGAGACCGACAUGUUGAACACUAGAACUGGGGGUGCUUACAUUCCACCUGCUCGUCUUCGGAUGAUGCAAGCUCAAAUUACUGACAAGUCUUCAGUUGCAUAUCAAAGACUCGCUUGGGAAGCUCUAAAGAAGUCUAUACACGGUCAUAUUAACAAAAUUAACGUUGGUAACAUAGGAAUAAUUAUAAAAGAGCUCUUAAAAGAAAACAUUGUGCGCGGUCGAGGUUUAUUGUGUCGGUCGGUUAUACAAGCACAAGCUGCUUCUCCCACUUUCACUAAUGUUUAUGCUGCUCUCGUGGCAGCAGUUAACUCACGUUUCCCAAAUAUUGGUGAAUUGUUGCUGAAAAGAUUAGUAAUACAAUUUAAAAGAGGUUUCAAAAGGAAUGAUAAACCCACUUGUAUAUCAUCAGCUUCUUUCAUAGCUCACUUAGUGAACCAACGAGUAGCCCACGAGAUUCUUGCGCUUGAGCUACUAACAUUACUUGUGGAAACACCUACCGAUGACUCGGUUGAGGUUGCUAUAGCCUUUUUGAAGGAGUGUGGUCAGAAACUCACAGAAGUAUCAUCGAAAGGGGUCAAUGCAAUCUUUGAAAUGUUGAGAAACAUUCUUCAUGAAGGCCAGGUAGACAAAAGAGUUCAGUACAUGAUAGAGGUGAUGUUCCAAGUGUGGAAGGAUGGCUUCAAAGAUCAUCCAGCUUUGAUUGAGGAGCUUGAACUGGUGCCAGAGGAAGAACAAUUCACGCACCUAUUAAUGUUGGAUGAUGCUACUGAUCCCCAGGAUAUCCUGAAUGUCUUCAAGUUUGAUGACAAAUAUGAAGAAAAUGAACAAAAAUACAAAUCAUUAAGUAAGGAAAUAUUGGGGUCCGAUGCGGAGUCGGGUGAAGAAGAUGGGUCUGAGGAAAGUGGUAGUGAUGAAUCUGGUGAUGAGGAGGACGGUGAUGAACAGAAACCAGUUACCAUCAUAGACAACACUGAAACAAAUCUCGUUGCCUUGAGGAGAACCAUUUAUUUGACCAUAAACUCUAGUUUAGAUUUUGAAGAGUGUGCUCAUAAGCUUAUGAAAAUGCAAUUGAAACCUGGUCAAGAAGUUGAAUUGUGUCAUAUGUUCCUUGACUGUUGUGCAGAGCAGAGAACCUAUGAAAAGUUUUAUGGUCUACUAGCACAAAGAUUUUGCAAUAUAAACAGGAUAUACAUCGGUCCAUUUGAAGAGAUAUUUAAAGAUUCAUAUGCAACUGCUCAUAGAUUGGACACUAACAGAUUGAGAAAUGUCAGCAAGUUUUUUGCUCAUCUGCUGUUCACCGAUUCCAUCAGUUGGGAAGUAUUGGAAUGUGUAAAGUUAAAUGAAGAAGACACAACUAGUUCCAGCCGUAUUUAUAUAAAAAUUUUGUUUCAAGAACUUGCUGAAUACAUGGGUUUGAAGAAACUGAAUGACCGCCUUAAAGAUCCAACUCUACAAUAUGCUUUCUCAGGAAUAUUCCCCAGAGACAACCCAAAGAAUACAAGAUUCUCAAUCAAUUUCUUUACAUCAAUUGGUUUAGGAGGCUUGACUGAUGAGUUACGAGAGCAUUUGAAACAGAUGCCAAAGAAUGUUCCAGCCCCAGUGCAAGAGAUCAAUGUCGACAGUGAGUCUGAUUCAAGUUCCAGCUCAAGCAGUUCCAGUUCAGAUGAUUCAUCAUCCAGUUCCCAAAGCUCAAAUGAAAACAGAAAAAAGAAGAAAACUAAUAAAAAACAAACCAAAGAGAAAACCCCUCAAACACCAGAACCAGAAGAAACAAACAAAACUCAAACAAAUGAACGAUGGGGACAUGAUGGAUUCUAUGAUACUUAUGGGAAAGAUGCUCGUAGAACAGAAAAUAAAGAAAGAGAUAGGGACAAUUUUGUUAGACCACAAGAUCGUGGUUAUGGACGUGACAAAAAUACAACCAGAGAAAUAGAUUAUAAUUCUAGAGAUAGUGGGGAUAGAAGGAGACGGGAAGAGAGAAAUGGUCAUAAUAGUGACGAUGAAAGAAGAACAAGAAACACUCAAGAGAGGUAUGAAAGAAGACGUGAUCACGAUCAAGAUCACAGACGAAAUGACGAACACAGGAAGAGGGAAGAUUAUGACAGUGCAAGACAAUCUGAAAAGAAUUAUAGUGAUAGGAGAUAUACUGAACAAAGGGAAGAUGAAAGCAGAAGAAGAGAUGGAGAUAGGAAAAAUGACAGUGAUAGAAGAUAUACUGAACAAAGGGAAGAUGAAAGCAGAAGAAGAGAUGGAGAUAGGAAAAAUGACAGUGAUAGAAGAAAUCUUGAGCAAAGAAAAGAAGAUAAAUAUAAAAAAACUUCAGAGAGAGAAAAUAAUAGAAAUAGUCAACGUGAUAACAGAGAAGACGAAGAACGAGUAAAGGAUAAGUCAAAUAAAGUUGACAAAAGAACAGACAAUCGAGAAAGCAAUACUGAAGAGGAGAAUUACAGGAGAAAAACAAAUAACGAAGAAAGAAGGAAACACGACAAUCAAAAGGAGAUUGCUUAUGAUAGAUCUAAAAAUAGAGAUGAAAGACAUAGAAGAGACAUUUCAAAUUUGUCAAGUACUGAAGCAAGGAACGAAAAAUAUGCACAAGAUGCUUUGAGCAACCAUGAAGAUUCCAGACGAAAAAAAUCAGACAAAGACAGAAGUAAACAGCGAAAAGAUAAACAUGCUGUUUCUGAUCAUAGCAGUAGUGAGGACUCUAAAGACGAGCGUAUUAAUAACAGAAAACAAAGUAAAAAGCGACAUGAAAAAAAUAAAAGUAAUGAGAAAAAGGAGAAACGUUCUGUUCGUAAUGAUAAAGACAGUAGUAGUAGUAGUAGUAGUGAGGAAUCUGAUGAUACUGAUCACAGGAAAAACAAAAAAGAAAAGCGAAAACAUCGGAAAGAUAAAAGAAAUAAAGAGAAUUCAGUUGAUGAUGGAUGGGACAUUAAAUCUAGUAGCGAUGUACGCAAAGAACUAGGCCAGCGAUAUUGGCAGAAAUAAUAAUGUUAUGACUCAUAUGGUGUACAUAUUAUUAUUUCUUAAUACCUAAUUAGGUUAACUAAUUAUUAUAACUGAUUAAUUAAAUGAAAUUUUGUUUGAUAACUUGACUUUGUUCUUUCAUUCACCAGACUUGAGAGAGAAUUUGCAUUAGUUUUAUGUUGUGUUUAUGUU